AUGACAGAGUCGAGAAAGGCCCAGCUGUUUGCAUUGGCAACCUUCUUCUACAGUUUCCACGGGGAAGACUGGGUGGAUGUUAUAAAGAGUGACUUCCUAGUUCAUAACAAGUCAGAAUGUGAUUGGUACUCUGGUGUGUAUGGGAAUUUGUUGUACAAUAUGAUGGAACAGAAGUAUGUAUUUUUUGAGAUGAAAACAAAUGAAACAACUUGCAACAAUAUGACAAGCUUCACCAAGCUCAGGCUACUUUUCCCUAAAGUCGCAAGCAAGGUGGAGAGUUACAUGCCUCCUGAGAUCGCACUUUUGUCCGAAUUGGAAGAGAUCUACUUUAGGAUGCUUGGAUUCAAUGCCCCCAUUGAAGCAGCCAUCAUUCCUGAAAUGAAGCAGCUCACAAACCUUCGCAGGAUGAAGCUUAGCAACAACAAAAUUACAGGGGCGAUUCCAGAUUCAAUUUUUAACAUUUUGCCUUUAAGCACACUGGAGGAGCUUUCUUUGAUUGAGCCGGACCUCUCUGGGACAAUUCCCAGCAGAAUCCAGGAGUUUUCCAACCUUCAAACACUGGAAAUGUCUGGGAAUUUCACAGGUACCAUCCCCUCAGAGAUUGGAUUGCUGUCCUUGCUGACGAGUCUAAUUUUCUUCAGCAAUGAACUACUCCAAGGCAUUAUUCCAUCAGAACUUUUCAAUCUCACCACACUGGAGCGAUUCAAUUUAAUCGAAUCCGACAUUUCUGGAAGCUUAGCUACUUCUCUUGGGCAGUGGAAAAGACUGACUGAUUUGCGGAUCGAUGAUGCACGACUAUCAGGAACCAUUCCUUCUUCCAUUUCUGAGCUGGAGAAUUUGCAGAUUUGUUCUUUGAAGGGCAACAACCUUGUCGGCACCCUUCCGCCGAUAAGCCAAAUGGCACCACUUGAGCGAAUGUUUUUGUCAGAAACACAAGUCACUGGUCCCAUACCUGCAUCCUGGUUGCCCCCUUCUCUGAAAUUUUUGGAACUGAAUGAUAAUCAGCUCAGUGGAGUGGUACCAGAAAGGAUCUGGUCACACACCAAUCUUCGAUUCUUCAAUCUAGCCAACAAUGGUGGCCUGUCUGGACAGAUCUUUGCCGACCAGAAUGCCUCUUUUUCAGACCUUAUGACCCUCUCUUUGAGCAACAAUGGCUUCUAUGGAUCAAUUCCAUUUGGUCCAAUUAAGGACAGCGGCAGCCGAUUAUGGAGAAUGCUUCUAGAUGGGAACUACUUCUCUGGAACUCUCUCGAGUGAGAUUGGUUCCUUCACAAGAAUGACAGAUUUAAGACUGUCAAGGAACCUAGAGCUAACAGGAACGAUCCCUACUGAAAUCUCUCUUUGCGCAAGCUUGAAUAAUCUUCAAAUGGACAACACUGGUAUCUCUGGCUCCAUUCCAUCCGAGCUGGGUUUGUUGUCUCGGUUGCAGCAUCUCUCUCUUCAUGGCACUUACCUGUCUGGCAGUGUGCCAAUGGAUGUCUGCUUGCUCAAGGAGGAGGGCAGGUUAGAUGAGAUUCAUGUCAACUGCUCAGCAGUGUCAUGCACCUGCAAUUGUACCUGCUCCUAG